AUGGCUUCCGACAAUCAGCUCAGCAGCCCUUUGGGUGAUGUUUUUAAGCUCUUGAUUCAAGACCAGGUCUCUCAAUUUCUGCGAACAGCCGAUGAACCUUUGGAUUAUUCCCCGACUGACCUGGCCGACUGGCUUCCGACCCUGCUGGCUAGUGGGCGCACACAGAAGGAUGUCUACCGAGAAAUUGCUCGUUCAGCUGUCGUGGUUGGCCACUCUGCUACUGUCUCGGAGUUCUGCAGUUGGCUUUUUGCCACUUUUGGUGUUCUUUCUACUCAGUAUGGCUCGCUCCAGGUUCACGAAACGGCAAUGGUUGGCCAUGGCAGGGCACCAGCAAUGGCAAUCAAUGGCAAUGAUCUGACCGACCCAAACGUCCCCGCCCAGAAUCCUGCUCAGAACUCUGACCUACUUCGUUUGCCAAACGAACUGUUUGAUGCGAUCCUCCGCAUUUUGCAUGUUCAAGACAUCAACGACUUGCGAUUGACAUGUCGAGAAGGUCGACUGAAGACAUUUGCAUCUUGGUCACAAUCGAGCUUCAGUACACGGCAAUUCAUGAUGGACCACUACAGUCUCCUAACGCUGGUUGACAUCUCUCGUCACCCGCAACUUUCCAAAGCCCUCACACAUCUGAUUAUUGGUUGUGAUGAGAUAAAUGCUCAUGGCAUUCUCACACGUUUCUUUCGACACUACCUCAAUGAUGGUUUAGCUCCAGAAGUCCUCCAUCACUGGGGAGUUGCGGCGUCUGCCCAGCAAGCUCUACUCAAUACUGGAUCAGCCAUCACCCUACUGUCCAUGGCUAUUUCAAACCUGCCCAACCUGAAAAAUGUCAGCAUUUGUGGAUCCAGGGAGUUCCGCCGACUUCUCUCCCAUACUCCCACCGUCCAAGAUCCGGGCUUCAUAAGAAGGAGCUACGGCUCCGCAGCCUACGAAGUCUAUCCAAGAGAUCGAGGCAGCACUAGUCCAAAUUUGAAGGGCUUUGAUGAUCGAGUAUUUAGUGCCGUCUUGCAUUCCUUACUUCGCUGUGGGACCCAGGUCAGCAGUAUCGAGACUAGGUCCAGCGAAGACAAGCAGCUUGUUCAUCUGGGCGACGAAGCGUUCAAUCUCCUUCCAAGCUUGAAUUUGAAUGCCCGUGCUGUCCUUGGUGGCCUUUCAAAAUUGCACCUCGGCAUAAGCCUUCGUUCGAAUCUGUUCAGCACCCACGACUUAAACCACCACUUUCAUGGUUACAGUCCAUUUACGAUCCGCCUCCGAAAGUUUCUUGGCUUCACGCGCAACUUACAGUGGCUCGCACUUGAUUUUCAAUUGUCGCCGAAAUCCCAAUCGCAUUGUGGCCUCGCUGAAUGGCUGUGCGAGCCCACGGGCCCUCCACACCGAAGUGCAGGCGAAGACGCUAGUCAGAUAGGCAGCAACAACUCUUCCUUGAUUCAUGGCAAUCCGGUGUCUAUCACUCUGCCGUUCCUCCGUAGACUCGAUCUCAACGGAUUAAGCCUACCCCCAAGCAGCCUGCGAGCCAUUUUCACCAAAUUUGAUGGACUCACAUCGUCCACUCUGUGUGAGGUUUGCCUCACGCUGUGCCCUGUCGGCAGUGUGCCUACUUUGGGAGGCUCAGAUGAGAUAGAGAACCCUUGGGCAAGCUUCUUUCGCGACUCGUCCACUCUUCUUGCCAAGCUUCAAGUCCUUCGACUGAAGAACUUGGCGGUUCUCGGAUUCCGAUUCACGUCUGAUGAUGUGGUGACAACCAACAAGGAAGUUAUUUUCUUUGUCCCGGACGAGGGUGUCACAAAGGGUCCACAGAGUUGCCCACCGCGUUCAAUCACUGUAACCGAUUUUGGAAAAGAGGCUCUGGAGAAGCUCGCUGAAAAGACAUGGCUGGAGAAGACUUACAACCGACAUCUCGAGAGGUCUGACGGUGAUGAGGAGGCCUAG